AUUCUGUUAAUAAAAACCUUAAGAUGCCAAUUAUCGUUUUAAGAAAAGAAUCAUGGCAUAUGAAAAAUGUGUAUAUGGGAAAUUUAGAAGAGAAUAAACAGAGGGAUCAUCUUAACUUUCAGAUUGGCAACACUGACUCCAGAUCUUGACGGGAAAAUCAAUUCCUCCAAGCAGUUAGAUUUGAAUGUAGAAUGUCUUUGAGAAUGUCUAUAUGACUUUGACGUGAUUUAUUAAUAUUUUAUGUCACUUAAUUUUAUUAUUGCAACUUUUAUGAAAUUUUUAAGAAAUUUUUGUUGAUUUAAUAAAGUGAUAGUUAUUUUAAAUAGAGUUUUCCUAAAAGAAAAUUCCAAAGAUGGGUGAUAUAUCGAAGAUUGAUAUUAAUAAGCCUAGGUGGGACCAGAGCACAUACAUAGGGAGAGCAAAGUAUUAUUUUACUGUCACAAACCCUUUAAAUUUGUUCGCAACCAGUAAGACCCUGGAAAAUGCAAGAACUAUUGUUGAAAAACACAGGAAAAAAGAAAAAUUAGAUAUUACUGAAGAUGAACUAUGGAAGGCAAAACAACUAUAUGAUUCAGCAUUCCAUCCUGUAACUGGUGAGAAACAAGCAUUGGUGGGAAGAAUGUCCUGUCAAGUUCCUGGAAAUAUGGCAAUCAAUGCUGGCAUGAUUACUUACCAUCAAUCAACACCUGCAAUUAUAUUCUGGCAGUGGAUUAAUCAGUCAUUUAAUGCAAUUGUCAAUUAUACCAAUCGCAGUGAUGCAACAAUGACUCUGACUGAAAUAGGUGCGGCUUACAUUUUUGCUACAAGUGGUGCUGUAGUUACUGCAUUAUAUCUAAAUAAAAGAUUGAAGAGAGCACACCCAAUCAUCAGGAGAUAUGUUCCUUUCUUUGCUGUUGCUGCUUCUAACUGUAUCAACAUCCCUAUCAUGAGGAAUCAAGAACUAAUGGAAGGAAUAAGAAUAUUUAAUGACAAGGAAAAAGAAAUUGGAAACUCUAAAAUAGCUGCUAGAUCGGCGACUGCUCAAGUUGUUUUUAGUAGAAUUGUUAUGGCCAUGCCAUCUUUGUUAAUGACACCUAUUGUUCUUGAAGAAAUGACAAAGAGAUGUUUGAUGACCAAGCCUUGGGUGGAACCAGUGGUUGCAACUGGGCUUUGCGGAUUGAUUCUUACUUUUGCAACUCCUCUUGCUUGUGCUUUAUUCAUUCAGAGAGUUCCAGUCAAAGCGAGUCAUCUUGAGUCACAUAUCCAGGAAAAGGUUGGGAAGGAUGCAAUUGUCUACUACAAUAAAGGCCUUUAAACAGUAUUGUUGAAAGACAAGUUCUUUGGAGCUAUUUUAAUUUCAGCAUUAAUAUUUUUACACCAUGGUAGAAAUGAAGAAGGCAUUAGAAAGACAGCUUAUUCAGUUAUCAAUAUUUGAAUUAUCUCAUGGUUUCAAACAAUGAUAUAUUUGGAAGUAUAUCAUUCUAAAUACAUAAUUUUAUAUGAAACUCAAUCAAUGUGUGAAACAAUAUUAUUUAUAUA